UCUGCCCUCUUGUCAUACAACUCACAUUUAUCGCGCAGUAUCGAGUGAACUAACUUGCUUACUUUCAUCCAUGUAUCCGUGGUGUUAUCGAAUGCGCCUCUCGGUCAUCCUGCAAGCCCUUACCGACUCUCAGACCAUCCGAUAAAACCUCCCUCUCACCCAAACCCUUUGCGCUCCGUCCUCCCAUAAAUCUCACCCAUCACCCAUCAAACCACGUCUAUUUCCAUCCGACCCUCUUACCAAGUCAAUACCUAACCCGUCCCUCCCUUCGCCUUCUGCCUUUCUCCCCCCCCAAAGUUCUUGACUCGCCCGUCUCUCUUCCCCUCCCCUCCAUCCCACAAGAAAGAUCCCUGUGUUGACGGCAUCGUCCCGAGCCAGCCGUAGACCGGACUUGUUUCUAACCUAUCUGCUGCUCCUCCUCCCACACGCUGCGCAAGUUAACCAAGCCGUACGUCUGCCGCAGAAAGAGAAUUACGCACAGCCGCCGUCGGCGCUGUCCUUGCAGUAGGCUUUUACUACGCAUACAGUCGGAAAAACUCGCUGCGCUUCUCUCUCUCUCUCUCUCUCUCUCUCUGUCUCUCUGCGUGACCAACCCACUAAGAAACCCAAAAGCCGCGCCAGAUUUCCACUCAAGACCGACGUGCCAGGUUGACCCUCGCUCGGACGAUCCCAACUCCUCAGAGUUCGGGCUCUGAUACCGGGGGGAAGAAGCCCAACGAGCCGGCUCCCAAAGUUUCAUUUGCUUUUCGCACCGCCUACUAGCCUCUAGAUACGGGCUCAUCGUCAUUUACAUUCAUUAAUCCUCGCUCUCAUUCUCCUCUUAGUGGUCUCAUUUCCCCUUUUACCUCGACCUCCGGUCCAAGCAAUCUCCUGUUACAGGUUUCCUGUCACCGAGCUUUCUCCUCAGACCAUCAAACAACUUGUCUCACUCGAAUAGGCCGGUCUCAUCGACGGCGUCAACACACCCGAGACAUCUCACAACGACACGAAUAUCCAGCUCUCAUCUCCAAACGACGCACUCACCGCUGUUCACAUACCACCGCGCAUGUCUCAGUCUAAUAGCAGCCACCGCAGUCGCGCCCUCACACAGACAACCCGGUCGGGAACCACAACCAUGGCCCGGACACGGCGCUCCUACUCCCCAUCCUCCCGCUCGCGGUCCUCCUCCGCGGGACCCCGCGAUCAUCACAAGAAACCCGGCAUCAAAACCGCGGCCGUCUUCAUCGCCGCCAUUGCCGUCGCCUCCCUCGCCGUCCACAAGCUCUGGCCGCGCGGCAUAAUUCACUCAGAAAAGGAGCACUGGGAGCACUCGCCGCCACCAGGCGGCCGCCGGUCCCGCAGGCGCAACGCCAUACGGGACCGCCAUAACGGGUAUAUCGACUACGACGACCACAACGUCUGGGACCGCAACGACUACCCGCGCGACCGGCGGAGGCUGUCCGAGAGGGAGUAUUACCCUCCCCGUAGCCGCGGCGGCAGACGGUCGCGCGGCUAUGGAAGCGAGAGCGAAGGGGAUUCAUAUUACUCUGAUGACUAUCUCCCGUCUCCGAGCGAGCGCUUCGAAAGACGAGGUAGAAUCGAAGGGGAUGGCCGAGGACGAUCACGUGGAGUCGGCGCGGAGGGGGAGAAUGAGAUGGUGAGAUACGAGAAGCAGUCAAACAGGUCAGAAGCUGCCGGGAGUCGAUUCGUGGAGGAGCGUCUACCAAGACCACGAUACAAUGAAGCUGUGGAGGAUUGGAGCCGGCGCGGUGAUCAACGAUUUCCUUCACCACCACGCGAGCCAGAGUACGUGGAUCGAAGGUCCCGGCGGAGGUCUGAUUAUUAUUAGCCGUUUGAAUUCAUGCGGACGUGAGUCGAUGGCAUCACAGUCGCAACCUUUGGAGCAGCCGG